UUAAUUUCCCUCUCUUCCAUUUAAAAAGUAAGUGGAGACGCUUUCCCACAUUUCGCCUCACAAUCAACAAUUUCAAAGGAAAGAUUUCGAUAAUAUGAUGCGAUUAUUCGGCCGGAGUCCGGCCGCAGAUUCCCCGCACGCGGCGUCUCCGCCGACUCCACUUCCCGCCGCUUCGCCCAAUAUGUCUGCCGGCCCGGCGAGGCCAAUCCGCCUUGUCUACACCGACGAGAAGGGCAGGUUUCACAUGGAUCCAGAGGCGGUGGCGCUGCUGCAGCUGGUCAAGCAGCCCGUUGGGGUGGUUUCCGUCUGUGGCCGCGCGCGUCAAGGAAAGAGCUUUAUAUUAAAUCAGCUUCUUGGGAGGAGCAGUGGAUUUCAAGUGGCUUCUACACAUCGUCCUUGUACAAAAGGACUUUGGCUGUGGAGUACCCCCAUACGGAGAACUGCCCUAGAUGGAACAGAGUACAGCCUCUUACUGUUGGACUCAGAAGGAAUUGAUGCUUAUGAUCAAACGGGAACAUACAGUACACAAAUAUUUUCAUUGGCUGUCCUCUUAUCAAGCAUGUUCAUAUAUAACCAGAUGGGUGGUAUUGAUGAGGCUGCACUUGACCGUCUCUCUCUUGUGACCGAGAUGACCAAACACAUUCGCGUUAGGGCAUCUGGAGGUAGGAGUACUGCUUCAGAGCUUGGACAGUUCUCACCAAUAUUUGUUUGGCUGUUGAGAGACUUCUAUCUAGACUUAGCAGCGGAGGAUAACCGAAAAAUUACACCGCGUGACUACCUGGAGCUUGCUUUGAGGCCGGUUCAAGGAGGCGGAAGAGAUGUAUCGGCAAAGAAUGAGAUUCGAGAGUCCAUCCGAGCUCUUUUUCCGGACAGAGAAUGCUACACUCUUGUACGACCCCUAAGCAAUGAGAAUGAUCUUCAACGACUUGAUCAGAUUCCUCUGGAUAAAUUAAGGCCAGAAUUUAGAUCCGGUUUGAAUUCAUUUACAAAAUUUGUUUUUGAGAGGACUAGGCCCAAGCAAAUGGGCGCAACUGUGAUGACAGGACCUCUUUUUGCUCGUAUUACUCAGUCAUUCCUUGAUGCUCUAAAUAAUGGUGCUGUGCCUACAAUAACAUCUUCAUGGCAGAGUGUUGAGGAAGCAGAAUGCCAGAGAGCAUAUGAAUUGAGUACUGAAGUGUAUAUGUCUGCUUUUGACCGUUCCAAACCCCCUGAAGAAGCUGCCUUAAGAGAGGCACAUGAAGAUGCAGUUCAGAGGUCAAUGUCCUCGUUUAAUGAUAGUGCUGUAGGUGCUGGUCAAGUGAGACAAAAAUAUGAAAAACGUCUUCAGACUUUCUUGAAGAAGGCAUUUGAGGAUAUUAAAAAAGAUGCUUUCCGGGAAGCUUAUCUGCAUUGUACACGUACCAUAGAAAAUAUGGAAAGGGAGUUGAGAACAGCUUGUCAUGCUCCUGAUGCAAAAGUAGACACAGUUCUAAAGGUUCUUGAUGGGCUCUUGAGCAAGUAUGAAUCCUCUUGUCAUGGACCAGAGAAGUGGCGGAAAGUAGUUCUUUUUCUUCAACAAAGUUUGGAGGGUCCACUUCUGGACUUCAUCAAGAAGCAAAUCGAUCAUAUUGGGGCAGAAAAGAGUUCUCUUGCUCUGAAAUGCCGUUCAAUUGAAGACAAGAUAGAAUUGCUUAACAAGCAACUGGAAGCUAGUGAGAAGUAUAAAUCUGAGUACCUGAACCGCUAUCAGGAUGCUAUCAAAGACAAGGAAAAACUUACAGAUGACUACAUGAACCGUAUAAACAAUUUGCAAAAAAAAUAUAGUUCCUUGGAAGAGAAGUCCUCUAACUUAUCAAAAACACUUGAUAUAGCAAGACAGGAAUGUACGGAUUGGAAAAGGAAAUAUGAGUUGGUUUUAUCAAAGCAGAAGGCUGAAGAAGAUCAGUUUGGUGCAGAAGUUGCGAUGCUCAGAUCGAAAAGUUCUGCUGCUGAAGCAAGAUUGGCAGCAGCUCAGGAGAAAGCUCAAUCUGCUCAUGAAGAGGCAGAGGAGUGGAAGCGUAAAUAUGAUAUUGCUGUCAGAGAAACGAAAAAUGCUCUAGAGAAAGCUGCUGCUGUCCAAGAACGCACAAAUUAUCAAACGCAAUCAAGAGAAGCUGCUCUAAGAGAAGAAUUUUCAAGUGCACUGGCAGAAAAGGAGGAAGAAAUGAAGGAGAAGACCUCAAGGAUUGAGGAAGCUGAGCAGCGUUUGACAACUUUGAGUUUGGAGUUGAAGGCUGCUGAAUCAAAGCUUAAGAACUAUGAUCUGGAGACAUCAAGAUUAAAGCUUGAAAUCAGGGAGCUAGGUGAAAAGGUAGAAGGAGCUAAUAUGGCUGUUCUUUCAGCACAAAGCAAAGCCAGGAGUCUGGAACAGGAAAAAAUGCAUCUCGAGCAGAAGUAUCAAGAUCAGUUUGACAGAUUUGAGGAAAUUCAAGAAAGGUGUAAAGCAGCUGAAAAAGAAGCUAAAAGGACAAUGGAAUUGGCUGAUGAAGCCAGAGCCGAAGCAGCUUCUGCCCAGAAGGAUAAAAGUGAUUUCCAGCGUGUAGCAAUGGAAAGAUUGGCACAGAUUGAGAGGGCUGAAAGGCAUGCUGAGACUUUGGAGAGGCAAAGGGCUGACUUGGUUAAUGAAGUUGAGAGGUACAGAGCAUCUGAAAGGGAUGCCUUGUUUAAGGUAGAAAUGCUGGAAAACAGAAUUAGAGAAAAGGAAACAGAAAUUGACUCACUGUUACAGUCAAAUAACAGCCAGAGAAAGACCACUGUUCAGGUACUUGAGACUCUAUUGGCAAGUGAGCGUGCUGCUCAUACAGAGGCAAAUAACAGAGCUGAAGCCCUCUCUGUUCAGCUGCAAGCUACUCAGGGGAAGCUUGAUGAAGUUUCUCAGGAAUUGACUGCUCUUCGAUUCGGUGAAAAAUCGACAAUCGAUGGCAGGCUGAGAACUGCUUCCCAUGCUAAACGUGGUAGGACCAAUGAUUAUGAAAUGGGUGCUGACUCGGUACAAGAUACGGUCAUGAAUGACAAAGUAAUCAGAGGAAACAAAAGGACCAAGAGUACCAACAGCCCUAUGAAGUUUGGGAGUCCAGAGGAUGGUGGUUCUGUGUUUAGGGGGGGUGAUGAACCAACCAAUAGUGAACAAACAAACCAGGAGGAUUACACUAGGUUCACGGUGCAGAAAUUGAGGCAUGAGCUUACAAGUCACAAUUUUGGAGCUGAGCUGUUGCAACUAAGGAAUCCUAACAAAAAGGACAUCCUAGCUUUGUAUGAGAGAUGUGUUCUCAAGAAACCAUAGUAAAAGUUCGUCAAGAGUAGCUCCUUAUAUACAUUGGUGAACUUUCUAGUACAUUCAGAUGUUGGUGUGUCGGUAUUAGUUUCUUAGUUUCAGUGAGAGGGUAGAAAUUAUGUGUCUGGAUAUGAUAAAUUUGUUAGGUCUUAAGUGUGGAGUGAUGUUCAUCCUGCAUUAUUUAGUGUCAAAUGUUUACUUUUUAGAACAUUGCUGUUCCUGGGCUUGUUUUGCUGUUGUUACAGGACAGUGGCGCGUGCUGUAAAAUUUCAGGCUGAUGAAAAGUCCUAUAGGUUGUGUUUUAAAGUA